AUUAGACUGCGCAUACAAGGUGACUUUAGAUUAUUGAUAACAAACAGUCAGUAGAAAUGGCAACCGCUGACGUUGAAGGUAGUGAUUUAAAGGAUACCUGUAAUUCUGGACCCAAAGGCCAGGAUCGAACAAAUGGGAGUGCCAGACUCGGAAAAAGAACAGAAGAAGAAAUAAGAGAGGAGCAUCGGACUUUGAGAGUAUUACGCAAAAUCGAGGGACAUCAAAACCAGAUUUUCGAGGUCGUAUCAUCAAUAAAACGCGAAUUAUGCAGUUCCAGAACAACUUCAAAAGAGGGUCAAGAGAUUGACAAUCAUCCCCACGAUCAGAUUGAUACAAGUGUCGACGCAAACAACCUGGCAAUCGAAAUAACACAGGAAGGAGAACAUAUAUCUGAGUUAAACCUCCAGCUAGAUGAGAAGAAACAAACGAUCACAAAAUUGAAUGAAACUGUUGCAGAUAAUGAAGAGCAAAUAGACGUUUUGAAUGUUGAGGUCAGAAAGCUUGCGGCAGAAAAGGAACAGUUAAGUGGAGAUGGUGAGAAUAACAAGGCAAGAAUAGAAGAACUUCAAAAGAAGCUAACAGACAAAAAUGAAAAGAUAAAAGAAAUCGAAAAACAAAGGAGUACCUUAAUAGAAGAUAUUGGAGAAAAGAACGGUGCAGUUGAAGCGCUUAAGCAACAGCUGGAAUAUAAAACCAAUUUGGCACAGCUACAAUGGCAAUUGCACCAGAUGAGUGACACAGCCGAGCAGAACAGUUGUCUACAAAAAAGAUGUUCAAGUAUGGAAAAAGAGAUAGCAACAAAUGCUGAGGAAAUAGACGAUUUAAACAGAGAAAAGGAAGAUUUACUUGCCGAGGUUAACGAACAAAGACAAGCACGAGACAAUCAAUCCAACGAGCUGCAACAGAAAAAAGACGAAAAUGUUUUUCUUCUUAGCCAACUGUCGAAAAAAGAACACAGGAUAAUUGAGCUGGUUGAGGAAAAAACUGGGGCCAAAUAUGAAAUUGAGGGACUGAAAAAAGACAUUCAGAAGGAAAGAGAAAAGAUAAUUGAGCUGGUUGAGGAAAAAACUGGGGCCAAAUACGAAAUAAAGGCACUGAAAAAAGACAUUCAGAAGGAAAGAGAAAACUCAACUGAAAUUACGAAAAAGCAAAACGAGUUAGAUGAAGCUAAAAAGGAAAUCGAAAAGUACAAAAUGGAACUGGAGGAAGAAAAAGCAAAAAAAAAAGUCGAACUUGACGAAGCAACAUCUGAAACGUCUGAAGUCCUAGAAAAAUUGGCUGGAGCAGAGUCUGCAUUAUUGGCGGGUGAUGAAUCAUUCAAAAGAAAGAAAACAAACAGGCGACGAAACAAUUCUGCUGGCGACACUAGCCGCGCACGUGGACGGUUUGAGACCGGAGACCCGCAGCUCGGUUAUUUGAAUGAUAGCGACGCAAGAACCAAUUCUGAGUUCAAUGAUUAUAACAAAUAUGACAUUCUAACUGACUUUAGCGACUAACCAUUGUUUUAGUAAUAAACUGAACUUAGAAACAUCGAAUGUUACGGGCGUAAUGUCCACUACUAGCUACUUGAGUGACUGUUUAAUGCAAAGAAACAUACACAUUUUUGGAAUAGCUGAACAUUGGUUGUAUAACAGUGAUUUGUAUUUCUUAAAUUGCAUAAACAUUCAGUACUGUAGUCACGCAAUCUCAGACCCUGACUCUUUUAAAACCUAGCUAUAGAAGGGUCGGAAAAGGGGGACUAGCAAUAAUGUGGCAUCGUCAUUUAAAUGAAUAUGUAUCGCCGAUAACGUUUAACUCUAAAUAUAUCAUAGGCAUUGAAUUUAAUGUAAGCCCUUGCCAAUAUUUGUAUGCUUUCGGGUAUAUCUUCCCUGCAAAAAAUACUCUGUAGAUGCAUUUAGACACGCCUAAAUGAUGUAGAAAAUGAUGUUAUACAAUUUUCACCUAAAGGAACUGUUGCUGUAAUGGGCGAUUUUAACAGAGAGUUUCCUUCACGUGAACAAAACAUAUAUGUGCUUAGACUACGUGGCCAUUCUCUAACAGAUACUUUACUUCGAAAUAACAUUGUUGCAGUAGAUGGUCUGCCAAUUUGCACAGGCGCGCUAUUUAGUAACUUGCCUUUCAAUAGUAAAAGAUAAACUCUUCCUAUACUUGUACAAUUGCAAAUGUUAAAAGUUUCCAAAUAUAAGAUGAAGAUUGUACACAUUUUCAACACAUCGCCCUAUCAUAAUGAGUAUUGUCGUUCCCAUAUAUAUGUUAAGGAAACUUAGCAGUUGAAUACAGACACGCGGUUUGUUAACUGACAGACGGUAAAGCCGAGCUACAUUUAAAACUACAAGGCUAGAAUAGAAGGGAGCCAAGAGUCAAUACAUCUAUCCAGUAAAAUACCUCUAGUAGAAGAAGAUAUUAACGCCUACUACCGUGAAUUUGUUACAGAUAUAAACUAGGUAACUAGAAAGUAUAUACCAAAUGCAAUAUUUUAACCUUAUAGCAAACCUUAUUGAACUAAAAAUAUUUCACUCCUUCACAAGAAAAUGAUAGGUGUUUGGAGUAAAUGGAUACUUAAUUGAGGUGAAAUGCACGAAUCGUCGAACACACGAAAAAGUUUAUGGAACGGCUAAAGUGGAGUUCAGAAAAACUCACAGAUAUGCAGUGCAGAACUAUAUACUGAAACUUAAACAAGAGGUACACGAAACAACAGAAAUGGACCAAAAUAAUUAUGGAAACUUAUGUUAAAGUUCCAUUUUGUUCCGAAAGAAUUAAAACGAGGAGUAAUAACAACGGUGUUCAAAGAUGCAAAUAAAAAUAAAUCAGACCCUAACAGUUAUCGAGCAAUAUCCUUAUGUUCAACUAUCCUUAAACUAUUUGAAAAUGUAUUACUAUACAAAUUAGACGAGUUAUGUCGACCAACGAGAAAUUCUCUAAAAAGGCCGCGAAAUUGUUAAAGAGGAGACCGGCUUUAUCCACUUAGGAGUUUAUUGUGACAAAAUUGUAUCGAUUGAUCUCAAUAUCAACGACGCUUGCAAUAAAAUAAGGAAAACAUAUUUGAGCCUUUAUACAUCUGUAUGAAACCAUAGUUUUGAGUAAAGGACUAUUCGGAUAUUAGCUAUAGUCAUCGAUGCUGGAGACACACAGAUCAUUACCAGAAACGACAAUGUAUUAAAGCUAUGCAGUUUUUACAGAAAUCUACAAGAACCGACUUUAUUUUUCAUCAGUAGGCCUAAUUCCUAUUGAAAUGAAAUCGAAAAAAAGAAACUGUUCCUUCUAGGCCAAAUGUGUCACUCAUCAAACCACAAGAGUGUGAAGAUACUAUCCAAUUAUCGACUUGUACAAAAAAUUUAAUUACCACAAAAUAUAAAUGGCUUUUUCCCAGAUAUAUUAACAAUUCUUGGAAAGUAUGAAUUCCACGAACAUAUGAAGACAUACAUUGAAAGCGGACAAUUUCCUAAAAUAUCGAUAUGGACAAGCCGUGUAAAAAGACAUUACGUUUUCAAUGAGUUUUAUCGACGACUAACAAUUGAUGAAGCAUAUCCGAUUUUAUCAGCAUGCAAAGUGAAAUCGCUCCAUGUAUAUCUUGGAAAUUUGCAAAACUGUACAGAGAAUACCUACCGUACUGUCAGACAAUUAUUUUCCUGUUCUGUAAACUGUUUUCAUGUCGUGUUUAUUUGCCUACAAUGUAAAAUGCAAACUGAA